AUGGAGCGCCUGGUGGACUGCAUCCGCGUCCCCUGCCCGUACGCGGCUCACGGCUGCGACGCGACACCUGCCUACCACGGCCAGGAAAGCCACCGUCAGGUGUGCCCGCACGCGCCCUGCCACUGCCCCGGCGACUCGUGCGGCUUCAUCGGCUCCAGAGCCGCGCUGCUGGAGCACUUCGCCGGCGCGCACAACUGGCCGUGCACCACCAUGGUCCGCGCCGGGGAGGAGUUCAGCAUCCGCCUCCAUGACGGCUUCAACUUCUUCCUCCUCGCGGACCAUGACCGCCGUGGCGAUGGUGAGCAAGCGGCCACCACCGGCAGCGUCCCGUGCCGACUGUUCCUGCUGAACGUGAUGCAGGAACGGCUUGGCCGUGCCAUCUCGGUGAUCUGCAUCCAUCCUCACACAUCCGGCGCCGCUGCCAACGGUGCUCAACAGCUACCGUUGACGCAAUGCGAGCUGGUCUUCUCGCGCUUCCGUGACAGGAGCUCGUGCCGUAGCCACUACCAGUGGUCGGUGUUCAGAGUGGUGUGCACGGACCUCUCCAAUGGGCUGCCCAACCCUGAAGGCUGCUUCCAGUUCUUGGUGCCCAACGCCGUUCUUGGGGUUGGGGACCACAAGAAUUCUAUCCAGGUUAAAGCACGUAUCAUCAACUAG